AUGCGUUACGCAUUCGCAGCUCCCGCUCUGCUGGCCGUGACAGUCGUCGCUGCACCUGUCUCUAAGCGCGACGAAGACGUGAAUAUCAACAACUUGGGCGUCGAUAACCUCGAUGUUCUCCCUCAGGUUUCAGUCAACGACAUCCCCAAGCGUUCUGAGGAUAUCAGUAUUGACGGUAUCACUCCUGGUAUCGGCGUCCCUACCCUCCUCAUCCCCCGGGAAGAUGGUGAUGAUGUCAAGCGUGAAAAGACCCUGAUCGACAGGGAUGGUGACGAUGAGCAGCAAGAGGAAAGCAAUGCCGGUGAACUCGGUUUGGGCUUCCUUGGUUUUAGCAAGCGCGAGGAAACCCUGACCGAUGGAAGUAACGGCGAUGGCGACCUCCUUGACAUCAUUGACCUUCGUAAGCGUGGUGAUGGCAACGGUGAGACGGUCGAUGACAGCGACAGUGGCCCGCUCGACCUUGGUCUUCGCAAGCGUGAAGAUAUCGCGGAUGACGACAUUGACAAGGAAAUUGGCGAGGUUAUUAAGACGUCUAAGGGGGUUGUAAAGCGUGAUGACUCCCUGUUUGAUGACAACAUCCUUGGCGGACUUCUUCGCAAGCGUGAGGAAGCUCUGCUCGGUCUUGACAACGACGACGAUGACGACCUCCUUGGCGGGCUUCUUGACGCGGUUAAAAAGCGUGAUGAAACCCUGAUCACCGACGGUGACGAGAACGGUAACAAGAAUGGUGACGGCGGUGUUCUUGGCUUGGUUAACCUUGGCAAGCGUGAGCAGGACAGCGACAUUGGAGGAGUUAGUGGAGUUGAUAUUGGCACUCCUGUCUUGGACGCUGUCAACAUCUAA